AUGUUCAAAACUUCAUUCCUCCGUCCAAUAAGCCAUUUUCGUUCUCCAGUUUUAAGAUCAACGCAAUCAUCUUUUAUAAGAUUAUUAUCAACCGAAACAAAAGAUGCUAUUGAAAAAGCUGUCGCUUCAGCCCCUGUUGUGCUGUUCAUGAAAGGUACCCCAGAGUUUCCUCAAUGUGGGUUUUCAAGAGCUACCAUAAAUAUAUUGGGUACUACUGGUGUUGAUCCUGAAAAAUUCGCUGCUUACAAUGUUUUGGAAGAUCAAGAAUUACGCGAUGGGAUCAAAGAAUUCAGUGAAUGGCCAACCAUUCCUCAAUUGUAUGUUGAAAAAGAAUUUGUUGGUGGAUGUGAUAUUGUUACUUCUAUGGCACAAUCUGGUGAAUUGACUGAAUUGUUGGAAAAGAAAAAUCUUUUGGUUCCAUUAGAAGAUGAAUAA